AUGCCGUUGCCGCGAUAAGGCAUUCUGGGAACGUGCGCUCUCUCUUUCCGGUUGGUUCGCCAUCAUAUGAGUGAAGAUGGGAGCGUAUAGGUAUAUGCAGGAGCUAUGGAGGAAGAAGCAGUCGGACGUGAUGCGCUUCCUGCUGCGCGUGCGCUGCUGGCAGUACCGUCAGCUGUCCAACCUGCACCGCGCUCCUCGGCCCACCCGGCCCGAUAAGGCUCGCCGGCUGGGCUACAAGGCCAAGCAGGGAUACGUAAUCUACCGAGUCCGCGUUCGCCGCGGAGGCCGCAAGAAGCCCGUGCCCAAGGGCGCCACCUACGGCAAGCCCGUCCACCACGGAGUCAACCAGAUCAAGUUCGCCCGCAGCCUGCAGUCCACCGCUGAGGAGCGAGCCGGCCGCCACUGCGGCGCCCUGCGGGUGCUCAACUCCUACUGGGUGGGCGAGGACGCCACCUACAAGUUCUUCGAGGUCAUCCUGAUCGACCCCUUCCACAAGGCCGUCCGCCGCAACCCGGACACCCAGUGGAUCACCCGGGCCGUGCACAAGCACCGCGAGAUGCGCGGCCUGACGUCGGCCGGCAAGAAGAGCCGCGGCCUGGGCAAGGGCCACAAGUUCCACCUGACCAUCGGCGGGUCGCGGCGCGCCGCCUGGAAGAGGCGCAACACCCUGCAGCUGCACCGCUACCGCUAGAGCACGUCUGUACAGUCACCUCAAUAAAAGGCCUUUCUAUGGCGCC